UAUUACUUGGCCCAAACAAUCAAACAAGUAAAAGAAGAUGUAAGACAAAAAAAGGGGUGGAACUUUAAUACAGUGUACUAUUUGACUCGAUUAAUGUAUGUAUUCGUAUUGUGUAAUUGCAAACGUAGCUAGCUUGGAUUUCAUCGAAUGGCCGUAAUUAAAUUUUGAUUGAAGACAGAGCAGAGUGUCUAAGGGAAGUCCUCUUUAUGGCUGAUCAAGUUAACAUAAUACCAAGGGUGAAACUGGGAUCCCAAGGACUUGAAGUAAGCUUACUCUUUUUUUCAAUUUCCGGUGUUUAUCUAUCGAGCAAAUCGCAGCUAUGGCUUUUUACCUUUUUUGUUUUACUGGGACAGUAGUUGCUAUGGUUAUUCAAACCAGUUUUUAAGGUUUCUGAGCCACUUGUAGUUAGAAAAGUCUUGACAUGGGUUUCCUUUGACUUUUUGAGUGAGACUAUUUUGGCAGGCUUGAUCUUUAGGAUUCUAGGAAUUUCUUGAAUCGAAGUUUUUGCUUUGAUUUUACCUGCUCUGAUACCUGUUAUUGCUGAUAAGAACACACUGAACUAAUAUAUUAUAUAUGGAGAUUAUAAUUUGGCCGAAACAGGGUUAGGCCGUUGCUUUCCCAAAGCAGAAACAGUUGCAUCCCUCACAAAAGAAAUGUGUCCUUGAUGAAUUAGACCUCGUUGGCUUCUAAUUUGAUUGGAAUUUGUCAAUUUGAUGUAUGCCAAAUUCUCCAGUGCCCAGGUUUCAAAGUUGGGAUUCGGUUGUUUGGGUCUCAGUGGGGUUUAUAAUGCUCCUUUACCUGAGGCAGAUGGAAUUCACAUACUCAAGGAGGCUUUUGCUAAAGGAGUUACUUUUUGGGAUACUUCAGAUAUGUAUGGUUUGGAACAUGCAAACGAAUACCUGCUUGGGAAGGCAUUGAAGGAGCUUCCCCGUGGAAGUAUCCAAUUAGCCACAAAGUUUGGUGUGUAUAGAAGUGAAACCACUCCUUAUGCUGUAAAAGGCACUCCUGAUUAUGCUCGCGCCUGCUGCGAGGCCAGCUUGAAGCGCCUUCAAGUAGACUAUAUCGAUCUCUAUUACAUACAUCGAAUUGACGUAACAGUGCCCAUUGAAGAAACUAUGGGUGAACUUAAAAAACUGUUUGAAGAAGGUAAAAUAAAGUACAUUGGGCUAUCUGAAGCUAGCCCUGAUACAAUCAGGAGGGCACAUGUUGUUCAUCCCAUCACUGCUCUACAAGUGGAGUAUUCUCUCUGGACCCGUGAUAUCGAGGCGGAGCUGUUACCUCUUUGCAGGGAACUUGGAAUUGGAAUUGUUUCAUAUAGUCCAGUUGGUCGUGGGCUUUUUGGUGGGAAGGGUGUUGUUGAAAGUAUACCUCAAAACAGUCUUUUGGAAAGGCAUCCUAGAUUUACGGGUUCAAACUUGGAAAAGAACAAGGCAUUCUACUUCAACUUAACUAAGUUGGCAGAGAAACAUGGAUGCUCUACUGCCCAACUUGCAAUUGCUUGGAUUCUUCAUCAGGGUGAAGACAUUGUACCAAUCCCUGGAACAACCAAGCUUAGAUACCUGCAUGAUAACGCUGCUUCAUUGAAAAUCAAGCUCGCAGAGGAGGAUUUGGAAGAGCUGACUAAUGCAAUUCCUAUUAAUGAAGUUGCAGGAAAGAGGCUUGAGGAUUCUCGUUUUCAUUAUUCAUUUUACUACGCAAACACUCCACCGCCAAGGAAAUAAGCAUCACGAACUCUGCGCUCGCGGCCUCUCUGCCUCAGGCGCCUUCCUGCCGGCAGUCCUCCCAAUAGUUUCAUCGCCGAGGGCUUGCACCUGUCCUCUCAGUGAUCAUGGAGGGAUCCCUCCCAAGUUUCCAUUUUAUACAAAUGAUUCUUCAGUUAAACAAUGAGGACCUAUUGUUGCUGGUUGAUAUCCUCUGUCCGUUUUUGUCGCCCUUUGAAUCAUCUCAAAAUACGUCUCAAAAUUAAGAGUCCUGUUGAUUGCAUAAAAUAGAACAAAUUUGAUAUUGAAGAAUAAGUAUUACAAAUUCUGACUAGCUAGCUAUCCAUAUUGGGAAUCACACACACUUGUAGAGUGAAAGAACGAAUAAGUAUUGCUCCAACGGUGAAUGAGCAAGAAUGAGAAAAAAGCGCUGGCUGUAGUAAAAAUAGGUAUGAAAUUUGAUUGAACGAAAAUAUAAACUGGGAUAUAUUGAUCAUUUGAUCUGAUCUGGUACCAUCGUAUAUUAUUGAUGAUAUACAUAUGGAACGAUACUGGCUAUCUUGAUGUAGAACAAUACCUCCCGUGCUAGAAAUUUGAGUAGCACUCACCGAGUUA